CAUAUGCUAUCUUACUCGAUCUGAUCUGUGUAGAUUAGACUGUUAGAGAGAGAAACUAUGGGGAGAGGAAGAGUGGAAUUGAAGAGAAUAGAGAACAAGAUCAACAGGCAGGUGACAUUUUCCAAGAGAAGAAAUGGGCUUCUGAAGAAGGCCUAUGAGCUGUCUGUGCUGUGUGAUGCUGAGGUUGCCCUUAUUAUCUUCUCCAGCAGAGGAAAGCUUUAUGAGUUUAGCAGCACUAGCACAAGCCAGACCCUGGAGCGGUACCAACGUUGCUGUUUCAAUCCCCAAGACAACACAAGCGCUGAAAGAGAAACACAGAGUUGGUACCAGGAGGUCUCAAAAUUAAAAGCCAAGUAUGAAUCUCUUCAAAGGGCUCAAAGGCACUUGCUUGGCGAAGAUCUUGCACCCUUGAGUAUCAAGGAGUUGCAGAAUCUUGAAAAACAACUCGAAGGAGCUCUUGCUCAAGCCAGGCAAAGAAAGACUCAGAUUAUGAUGGAGCAAAUGGAAGAUCUGCGCAGAAAGGAGCGCCAGCUUGGCGACAUGAACAAGCAGCUCAAGAUUAAAGUGUCACUAGAAAUGUCCACGAUUGAGGCAGAAGGACAAGCAGCAGCCCUGAGAGGUCUUCCAUGUCCGUGGAACUCGGCUGCCAUGGCUGCCACAUCAGUCGGAAAUAGCAGCAGCUUUCCUCUCCAAGUUUCACCACCUCCUUCCAAUAAUCCCAUGGACAAUAUUGAAACUGAUCAACCUGUCCUGCAAAUUGGGUACCAUCAGUAUAAUCUUGGUGAAGCUGGGUCAUCUUCCAUUGCCCGAAGCAUGGCUGUCGACGCUAGUUUCAUCCAAGGCUGGACUCUCUGAUAUAUAUCUAUAUGUAUAUAUAUGCACGCCCUUCCUAUCCUAUCCGCCAUUUUCAGAUCAACCUCAUCGAUCAUCAUCCCAUCCCACCUUACUUACCUAAUUGUCUUUUUGGUAUAUCAAUUCUCUCUCUCUCUCUCUCUCUCUCUCUCUCUCUCUCUAUAUAUAUAUAUAUAUAU